AUGAGAUUCUUCUCCCGCCAUCAACGCCAGGGCCUUCUCACCCACCUGCUUGCUGCCCUGGCAGUUAGCACAAAUGCUGCGUUAGAUGGGAACCCGCUAGCAACAUCGGAUCAGGAGACCCUCGAUGCGUUUGCAAUCAAGAUCAACCAGGAUGACAACUUCACCGUGUUGAAGGCCGAGGCCAAAGCCGCUUACAAGACAGCCCAUGGCCUUCCCAUCAGCGAUGAAGCCUCGUCCAGUAUCGAUGCAGCCAUUGACGAGUUGGCUUUUAGCUCAGUUCAAAAGGCUGUCAACAGCGACACCUACUUCCCCAAGGUCUACUGGCUCGAUGCCGGUCCGCGGAAUUGGUUUGGCCUGGAUGUUCCCGGUGGAAGAUAUUCGUACGAUAACCCGGACUGUAUCUAUCGAACGAUUCCCAUCGACAGCAGUCUCAGUUAUGUCAUCACAGGCUAUCGACACACACCCGGACCAGCUGAUGUGACCUUUUCGCUGAUCAGCGAUCCAAACUCCCAAAAUACCGUUGCCUAUCUGUCGGGCAGUGAUUUGGUGAUUGAUUCUGAUGGCUCAUAUACCAUCACAGUCAACAGCACCUCGGCCGACAACCAAACAAAUCAUAUCCAGUCAACCACUUCAGCUAAACAGCUUCUCAUUCGUAAUAACCUCGGAAACUGGGGAACGCAGAAGCCCGACAAUCUGACCGUGGAGCUUGUUGACGACAACUCGAGCGAAUCCGCUCUCACUGAGGCAGAGAUCAUUCUCACCGCGACAUGGAACUUGCAAGAAUCUAUCGUGGACUACGGUGUAGGCGCGUUGGGAAUCAAGACAUCCCUCAACAAAGUCAACACCCUCUCGACGCCGAGUCAAUCGAGUACCCUUGGUACAUUGACUACUCAAGCCAGCUCCUUCGGUCACUUCAAUCUAAGCGAUGACGAGGCUCUCGUUGCGACCGUCACGCAGGGUGAUGCGGAUUACUUCGUGUUCCCAUUGACGAACCCGUGGAUGAUCACGACAGAUCCGGCCAGCCAAGUCAGUUUGAACAACGAGCAAGCUGUCGCAAAUGCCAACGGCACUUACACUUUUGUGGUUUCUCUGGAGGAUCCGGGAGUCUAUAACUGGCUGAACACGACUGGUCUUCACGAGGGGGCGAUUAUGGUUCGCUGGCAAGGACUGCCGACCUCUUCGUCUUCGUCUACAUCGUCCACGGCCUCGCCUGCUGUUGAUGUUCAAGUCGUUGCUUUCUCUGAUCUUGCCUCUGUUCUUCCGAGUGAGACACGAUACGUGACUGCGGAAGAGCGUGCAUCGCUUCUUGCUCAGCGUAUUGCAGCAUAUUCCCAACGAACGACGCUAUAG